CGGCUGCGCAGAGGCAGACUUAGAGGAGGCGGAGUUUUGUCCUUCGCCGGCCUGAAAAGCAGUAGGGUCGGCGGGUGGCGACAGCCGAAGUCGGGCCUCAGCCCUGCUGGGGCGGUGGGCUUCGGAGUCCACUCUGACCAAAGGGACCCCAAAAAGAGGGAAAAUGGCUUCUGAAUCUGAAACCUUGAACCCCACUGCUCGCAUAAUGACCUUUUAUCCGACCAUGGAGGAGUUCCGGAACUUCAGUCGCUACAUUGCCUACAUUGAAUCCCAAGGGGCACACCGGGCUGGACUGGCAAAGGUUGUUCCUCCAAAGGAGUGGAAGCCCCGAGCAUCAUAUGAUGAUAUUGAUGAUUUGGUCAUUCCUGCCCCCAUCCAGCAACUUGUGACUGGGCAGUCUGGCCUCUUUACUCAGUACAACAUACAGAAGAAAGCCAUGACCGUUCGCGAGUUCCGCAAGAUAGCUAAUAGUGAUAAGUACUGUACCCCACGCUACAGUGAGUUUGAAGAACUUGAGCGGAAAUAUUGGAAGAACCUCACAUUUAAUCCUCCAAUUUAUGGUGCAGAUGUGAAUGGCACUCUUUAUGAGAAGCAUGUUGAUGAGUGGAAUAUUGGCCGACUGAAAACAAUCCUGGACUUGGUGGAAAAGGAGAGUGGGAUCACCAUUGAGGGUGUCAACACCCCCUACCUGUACUUCGGCAUGUGGAAGACGUCCUUUGCCUGGCACACUGAAGACAUGGACCUGUACAGCAUCAAUUAUCUGCACUUUGGAGAACCAAAGUCCUGGUACUCUGUUCCCCCUGAGCACGGGAAGCGGUUGGAGCGCCUUGCCAAAGGCUUUUUCCCUGGAAGUGCUCAAAGCUGUGAAGCUUUUCUCCGCCAUAAAAUGACUUUAAUUUCCCCUUUAAUGUUGAAGAAAUAUGGAAUUCCCUUUGACAAGGUGACCCAAGAGGCCGGAGAAUUCAUGAUUACCUUCCCUUACGGUUACCAUGCUGGCUUUAACCAUGGCUUCAACUGUGCGGAGUCCACUAAUUUUGCUACUCGGAGGUGGAUUGAAUAUGGCAAACAAGCUGUGCUGUGCUCCUGUAGGAAGGACAUGGUGAAGAUCUCCAUGGAUGUGUUUGUGAGGAAGUUUCAGCCAGAAAGGUACAAACUCUGGAAAGCUGGGAAGGACAUCACAGUUAUCGACCAUACUCUCCCCACGCCAGAAGCUGCCGAGUUUCUUAAGGAGAGUGAAAGACCGCUGAGAGCCACAAAUGAGUGUGCAGAGGAGGACAUGGAAGGGGUUGAGGAGGGCGAGGAGGGCGACCUGAAGAGGAGCCUAGCCAAGCACCGUAUAGGGACAAAGAGGCACCGAGUUUGUCUCGAAAUACCACAGGAGGUGAGUCAGAGCGAGCUCUUCCCCAAGGAGGAGCUGAGUUCUGGACAGUACGACAUGACCGAGUGCCAGGCUGCCCUUGCGCCCGUGAGGCCCACCCAUAGCUCUGUGCGGCAGGUCGAGGAUGGUCUCGCUUUCCCAGAUUAUUCUGACUCCAGUGAAGUCAAAUUUGAGGAGCUUAAAAACGUCAAACUGGAAGAGGAGGAUGAAGAGGAGGAGGAGGAACAGGAAGCAGCUGCCUUGGAUCUUUCUGUGAAUCCUUCUGUAGGGGGACGCCUCGUCUUUCCAGACUCCAAAAAGAAAUCAUCUUCUAGCCUGGGCUCUGGUUCUUCACGGGAUUCUGUUUCCUCUGACUCAGAAACCAGUGAUCCUCUGUCGUGCCGAGCCCAAGGGCAGACGGGUGUUCUCACUGUGCACAGCUAUGCCAAAGGGGACAGCAAGGUGACCGUGGAAGAGCCGUGCCCAAGGAAGAAGGGCAGUGCCCCUAGGAGCAUUAGCGAGCAGGUGCUGGCGGAGGUUGCAGACGAAUACAUAUUUUCCCUGGAGGAAAAUAAGAAGUCCAAGGGCCGUCGCCAGCCCCUCAGCAAGCUCCCCCGCCACCACCCUCUCGUGUUGCAGGAUUGUGUCAGCGAUGAUGAGACAUCUGAACAGCUGACCCCUGAGGAGGAGGCUGAGGAGACAGAGGCCUGGGCCAAACCCCUGAGCCAGCUGUGGCAGAAUCGACCCCCGAACUUUGAGGCUGAAAAGGAAUUCAAUGAGACCAUGGCCCAGCAGGCCCCUCACUGUGCUGUCUGUAUGAUCUUUCAGACUUACCAUCAGGUGGAGUUUGGAGGCCUUAGUCAGAACUGUGGAAAGACUCCAGAUUUAGCCCCUCAGCAGCAGAGGACCAAACCACUGAUUCCAGAAAUGUGCUUUACCUCAACUGGCUGCAGCACUGACAUCAACCUUUCCACUCCAUACCUUGAGGAGGAUGGCACAAGCAUUCUAGUUUCCUGCAAGAAGUGCAGUGUCCGAGUCCACGCCAGUUGUUAUGGGGUGCCCCCUGCAAAGGCUUCUGAAAACUGGAUGUGUUCUCGGUGUUCAGCCAAUGCCUUGGAGGAGGACUGCUGUCUAUGCUCAUUACGAGGAGGAGCUCUGCAGAGAGCAAAUGAUGACAGGUGGGUCCAUGUUGCCUGUGCUGUGGCAAUUCUGGAAGCAAGGUUUGUCAACAUUGCAGAAAGAAGUCCAGUGGAUGUGAGCAAAAUUCCCCUGCCUCGCUUCAAACUGAAAUGCGUCUUCUGUAAGAAGCGGAGGAAAAGAGCUGCCGGCUGCUGUGUGCAGUGCUCCCAUGGCCGCUGUCCGACCGCCUUCCAUGUCAGCUGCGCUCAGGCUGCCGGUGUGAUGAUGCAGCCGGACGACUGGCCUUUUGUUGUCUUCAUUACCUGCUUUCGGCACAAGAUUCCAAAUUUGGAGCGUGCCAAAGGAGCUUUGCAGAGCAUCACUGCGGGCCAGAAGGUCAUUAGCAAGCACAAGAAUGGGCGCUUCUACCAGUGUGAGGUGGUUACGCUCACCACUGAGACCUUCUAUGAAGUCAACUUUGAUGAUGGCUCUUUCAGCGACAAUCUCUAUCCUGAGGACAUAGUGAGUCAGGACUGUCUGCAGUUGGGUCCUCCUGCUGAAGGGGAAGUGGUCCAAGUGAGAUGGACAGAUGGACAAGUCUAUGGAGCCAAGUUUGUGGCAUCUCACCCCAUCCAGAUGUACCAGGUGGAGUUUGAAGAUGGUUCUCAGCUUGUGGUUAAGAGAGAUGAUGUGUACACGCUGGAUGAAGAGCUUCCCAAGAGAGUCAAGUCAAGACUGUCAGUAGCCUCAGAUAUGCGCUUCAAUGAAAUUUUCACAGAAAAAGAGGUUAAGCAGGAAAAGAAACGACAACGAGUUAUCAACUCAAGAUACCGGGAAGAUUACAUUGAGCCUGCAUUGUACCGGGCCAUCAUGGAGUAGAUACUUCCAGGGGCCGAGAGAUUUCCAGCCAUCGAGGCGAGAGCACUCUGGGGGUUCCACAGCACAGCAGACACUUGGAACUCUGCAGUCUCUAAAGGCAAAGUUGUAAAAAGAAAAAGAAUGAAAUAACCGACCCCAUCAUCUUCUCACCCCACCCUCAUUGCAUUCCGCUGUAGUGAAAGGACAAGCUGUUCCUGGACACGUGGUAGCAGCCGAUCUCCCAGCCGAGGGGCUGAGCACUGGAAUGCUGCGGCUGCGCUGGCCCCAGUCUCCAGCGGGGUCGACUGCCAGCUGGGCUGGAGCCCUGUUCUGGCCGAGGACUUAGCUUCCAAGUGAUCACCUGCACUGACCAGGCAGAAGUGCUGGUGCUUGUCUCCUUCCCUUUUGUAUUUAUGUGUGUGUGUGAUUGUGUGCGUGUGUGUGUGUAUGCGUGCGUGUGCUUGGCCUGGACCAGCUUCUGCCUGCCCCUGGCCUCUACUUCCUUGCCUAUCCAGGCCAAACAAAAUGUGAAAUUCUGCCCUCGGCUGAGCUGAGUAAGGGCCCCUAGGAGUAGGAUGGAGGUAGGGGUGCAUCUCUCUGUCCCUGGAACUAUCUGGAGGGAGUGCUGGCAGAGUUGCAUUAUUGAGAUUCUACGGAGUCGAUGCCACUUCUGUCCUCUGAUAAAGGAGAACAUUGGGGUAACAUGGAUAUAUGCCCACAAUCACUUGAGGUGCACAGGGCUCCUGUGGCCAGUGUUAGAGGGCGUGGGUGGGGAACACCUGAAAGGAGGGAUCUUAAUGAUGGCAGCAGGCAGAGCCUGGUGGGUGAUUCUUUUAACAGAAAAUUGCAAUCAUGUAGGGGUUGGGAGGGUUAGGAUGAAUUGGGGCCACUGGUGGCCAGGGGCAGGUUUAGGUAGGACCCUGGUCUUGAGGGGGGGGUUGUAUAUGGGGGAGGGGUGGGUGGGACCGGAGGGCAAUACUGAAGGGGUUAAACAGGUUUUUGCUCCUCAUAAAUUUGUUUGCCUGGGCCCAGGAUUGGAGGGCUUCACAACUAUAUCCUGUGUAUACGAGAAUCAGAUUUAUAAUACUUCCCUGUUUUUUGUUACGUAUGAACGCUAUAAACCAAAUUAUUUUGAAAACCGGUGCAUCACCUUGUCCUUAGCAAUAAAAUGCGUUGAGCAGAGGA